UUUCCCCAAAGGGCUUCCAGCCCAGGACACCUGGCCGAACCAGGCUGGGGACCUGGGCCCUGGGCCAGGUGACCAGAGGCGGGGCUCCUGCCUGAGGACUCCAGCUUCUCUUCUCCAGGUGCCGUCUGAUGGGGAGAUGGCUGAUGCCCAGAACAUUUCACUGGACAGCCCAGCGAGUGUGGGGGCUGUGGCGGUCCCUGUGGUCUUUGCCCUCAUCUUCCUGCUGGGCACAGUGGGCAAUGGGCUGGUGCUGGCGGUGCUGCUUCAGCCUGGCCCAAGUGCCUGGCAGGAGCCGGGCAGCACCACGGAUCUGUUCAUCCUCAACCUGGCAGUGGCCGACCUCUGCUUCAUCCUGUGCUGCGUGCCCUUCCAGGCUGCCAUCUACACGCUGGACGCCUGGCUCUUCGGAGCCCUGGUCUGCAAAGCCGUGCACCUACUCAUCUACCUCACCAUGUACGCCAGCAGCUUCACGCUGGCCGCCGUCUCGGUGGACAGGUACCUGGCCAUGCCGCUGGGCCAGGGGCCGGCAUAG